CGUACGUUCUUUCAACAUUUUCCAUCAAAUAAAUUUGUCCAGGUGUAACUCGUACUUUACAAUAAUAUAUUUCAAGACGAGGAAACGAAUUCGGAAGGUUGCUCAAGACUUCUUCAGAUUAGUCCCUCCGACCGAAACAAAAUGUGACCACAUCCCAAAAAGGCCAAAGUCAAUUAAGGGAAGUGCCAGAGAAAGAACCAAGAUGGGUAAAUAAUCGGAGAUAAGGUAAGAAACCCUAGAGGAUCCCAGAGCGAAGUCCUCCGUGGCACGGGUGAAGUGAAGGGGAAGGCAAGGACGUCCUUAAGGGGUGAACAACUAUAUAUAAACUCUACCCGAGUCUUAUCUCGUCACUUCACCUCCUCGCACACCAUCGCCAGCAAACAUGAUUCGUGCAAUACUUGUCGUCGCAGUGGUUGCUGCAUUAACAGCUUGUGGUAACGCUCAAUUAGGCCACUACUAUAACAGAGGUUACGGUUACGGAGGAUACGGCUUGGGAAACUUCGGAGGAUUCAAUCUUGGAGGUAAUUACGGAGUGGCUCCCGCAGUCGCCAGGGCAGGUUAUGUCGGAGAUUACAGUAACUUCGGAGUAGCGCCUGUAGGAUUUCCAGUGAGGAACGCAGUCUACCAACCGGCGCCGGUCGUCGUCAGCCGUCCGGUAGUCAGCCAACCUAGAGUGCUCAACACCCAUCUCAGGGAAGACGCGGAAUACGACGCAAACCCUCAGUAUUCUUUCUCCUACGACGUCCAGGACAGCGUUACCGGCGACGCGAAAAGCCAAUCGGAGUCGCGUAGCGGCGACGUCGUUCAAGGCAGCUAUUCGCUCGUCGAACCCGACGGCUCAAGGAGGACGGUCGACUACACCGCCGACCCAGUUAACGGAUUCAACGCCGUCGUAAGGAAAGACGGUGAAGUCGCUCAAUCACACAUGCCCGGCCGAGUGCCAUUUUUCAACCACGCACCCGUCGCUCUCGCACGUCAGCAAGUGGCUCUUCCCAGGGUUCACACCGUUCAAAGUCAAGUACCAGUCCAAGCCUAUCAAGGUGCCGUUCAGGGCUUCGCUCAACCCGGUCUUUUCAGAGGACCAGGACCAGUCGUCAGCCACUCCUUUUCUUCUCCGCACUCUUCUUUCACCUACUAAUUUCACAAAGUGCUGAACUGACAUAAACAAAUUUUUAUCAAAAUAAAAUUUAUAGAAAAAUA